GUAUUCAAAAGGUUUCUCCAAUUAACGAUCUGCUAGAGGGUAUAGGGAGCAAUAGCCCCGUCCCCCAGGGCAUGAGGCAGGCAUGGAGAAGAUCCAAGCCCUAGACAUCCAGAGGCCCCAGAGUGUGAGAGCCCAAGGAGGACCAUCAGAGGGGCAACCAUGCCACCCUCCUGGGAAGAGCUGAGGAGAGCCCCAGAUGAGGGGUCACCUAGCAGCCACGGAGCAGAAGCCAGAGGGGGCUGCCAGCAGCCAGCUGCGCCAGAGUGGACUGAGCCCAGGCCCAGAGGCCUGAGGGCUCCCUACCCCCCUGGAAGGGGCCCAACCGAGCCACGGGCACCAGGCUCUGCCAAGCAGCCACCAGGAGUGAGCCGGUACAUACCUGAGCGCUCAGCCCCGGACACCAAGAACCACCAACACGCCAACGUCUGAGGGCAUCAGCUACUGGCAGGGAGUGUGGUGAGGGGAGAUGGGCCUAAAUACCUUGGAGGGACUGAGCUUGUUCAGCUAUUAUCACUGGACAUGUGAAAGGUAAUGAAGGUGAAUUAGAAGGGCUUCUGUCAUCCAGGAGAAAGAAGAAUAUUUUUUCUGAGGACUUCUACAUUAAUGCAACAGUGAACUGUCAAGCAUACAUUGAAAAAAGAGGUUUCAUCACAGUUCCUCUCAGUGAGGAAGAGAAAGAUUUCCCCAUUGCAUACUCCAUGGUGAUCCAUGACAAGAUUGAGAUGUUUGAGCGGCUUCUACGAGCUGUUUAUGCUCCUCAGAACAUCUACUGUGUACACGUGGACCAGAAAUCCUCUGCAACAUUCAAGAAGGCUGUGGGUGCGAUUGCUUCAUGCUUUCCCAAUGUGUUUGUAGCCAGUAAAUUAGUAAGAGUGGUAUAUGCCUCGUGGUUCAGAGUACAGGCAGAUCUGAAUUGCAUGGAAGAUCUGCUAAAUACUCACAUCAACUGGAGGUACCUGCUUAACACCUGUGGGACAGACUUCCCCAUCAAAACAAACAGAGAGAUGGUGAGGGCACUGAAGUUUCUCAAUGGGAGGAACAGCAUGGAGUCUGAAGCGACUUCUGGCUCCAAGAAACGUCGUUGGCAGUAUCACCACAAUAUCACAAACAGUGUUAUCAACACAAAUGUGAGGAAAGGUGACCCACCAAUCAGCAUCCCCAUGUUCUCAGGAAAUGCCUACUUUGUGGUCACAAGAGCUUUUGUGGAACAUGUGAUGAAGGACAGUGAGGUUCAGAAGUUUCUGGAGUGGGAGAAGGACACAUACAGCCCUGAUGAGCACUUGUGGGCCACCCUACAGAGGAUGCCCUCUGUUCCCGGGUCAGUGCCCCAAAAUGGGAAGUAUGACAUGUCAGACAUGCUAGCUUUGGCUCGUACAGUGAAGUGGUCAUAUUUAGCAGGAGAUAUGAAUAAGGGAGCCCCAUAUUACCCAUGCACUGGUGUUAACAAAAGAGCUGUUUGUGUGUAUGGAGUUGGUGACCUCCCAUGGCUCCUGAAACAACACCACCUGUUUGCAAAUAAGUUUGAUUCAGAGGUUGAUGAUGUUGCCAUAAGGUGUCUGGAAUCAGUUCUGCGUUUCAAAGCUUUAGGCCAUGACCCACUGUCCAAUCAGGAAAAUGUGACCAUUGUGUAAUACUUACAAUGAUUUAAAAGAGUAAUUUAUGAUAUAUGAGUUAUUUAAGUAAAUAGCAUGGCAUUGAAAUGUAGUUUUUGAGAUUUACAUAAAUUAUUAUAAAGAUUUAUAUUAAGAUUUUUUUCAUUGCCUUUAGCAGAAUGUGAUUUGAGAAGGAAGGUAGAGAGCUGGAGUGGUCGCCUAAAGCCAAGCAGCAUUAACAACUGAGCAAUGACUUAAUCUUUCUCAAAAUAUUGAGAAACAUCUAAAAUGUGGAUCAUGUAAUACCUAAAACCCUGUGGUUGUUACUGUGCUAUUGCUAGAUUUACAUAUAAUGUUUUUGGGGGUUUUAUUUUUGCCUUUAGUGAGUUAAAAAGAUAAGAAUGUAGGGAGGUGUUGUAACCUGCUCUUUGAACAGCUAUGAUGAAUUAGGUUUUUUUCAGAAUAGUCAUGUAAAUGUAAAAUCCUGUGGCUGUCACUGUUACUUCUUUCAAGCCUUCUUGUCGUCAUUCUUGUCAAAGCGUUAAUAGUUUCAUGUCAGUGAAAUCUGUAAUUGCAGUGCCAUCUAGUGGAGCCCAAGUAUGGCAGAAGAGACACGCAAAGGAGAAAAACAUUGCUUAAAGUAUGUCUAUUAAACUUUCACUACAGAUCAUUUAAAAUUCGAGUCUUUUCUUUUUAAGUGUAUUGUAUUUUUAUUGCAUUUAAACAGGUUUCUCUAAUUUUGUCCUUGCAAUUACCAGGUAGUUAACUUAGCACAUUUAUUGCAGAACAACUGCAUUAGGCUACAUUUGUAUUUCCAUAUAUACAAUUAAUAGCUGAGUGGACGUUGCCUUAUAGUGUGUUUUUGUUUUUGUAUAUUCUCAUUUCCUGCCAAACAUACUUUUGACCACUACAGAACUAUUGUAGUGCAAAAACUAUCUUGAUAUUCCUGAAAAUUUUGCAUUAAAAAAAGAUUUAAAACUAAUAAUAACAACAAUAAUAAAAGAUUCAAAGCAAUCAGAAUGGAUCCAUGGCUUUACUUUGAAGGAAAUGAGAAAAUAAAGACCUACAUCCUUGGUUCAGAUAGUUUCUUUCACAAGUGUUCACCCUCAAGCAAAAACAGUACAUUCAAGUGAGGGACCAAAAAACAAAAAAGAUAGAAAAAAAAAAAGAUAAAAUAAAAACAAAGAUUUACUUUCCCCAGGCAGGAUUUUAACAGAGA